CGGUUAGUUGUGGCACCACGAAAACCUACUAGUCUUCUCUACCAUGACUCUCCCCUCUGAUCUAUUGCUACUUGCGACAUCUCUCUCUCUCUCUCGUUAUCCACAGAGCAAACAUGUACAGGCCAGGGGUCAUACCGUCUUCCAGCAAUGCUCAACAUCAACGGUGGCGAGAGACUUGGGCACGACUGCUAGCUCCUUUGACUUUAUGGAUAUGUGUGUCAGUAGGCCUCCGAUAUGGCUACUAUGCGGAUUGCCGUAUGGCGCUUGGGCCAAGCUCUUCUCGAUUGAUGAAGGCUAGUUCUCUGUUUGUAGAACAGGUUGAAGUUAGAGAUGAUAAUGGGAAAGGGGCUCUUCUUUAUGGGUUCUCCGAGAAGCCAGAAUUAAACAGGGAAACCAAUUGGAGCUCUUCAAAUUAUUUGAUUGUUGGAUCAUAUGGUCGCAAGGGAUACUAUUUGUGGUUAAACAAGGGUUCUAGAAUCUGCAUAAGAUGGGCAACUCAAAUCAGUAGAUUAGACAAAAUUGAAGUGAUUAUGAUAAAAGGAGAAAGAAAACGUGAAACAUUGCUGCCAAACCUUGCGACUUCCUUUGAUGCCCUUUUCCUGAAUGAGCCAAUGAAUGGUAAAGAGGCAGAGUACACCAUUGAGGAAGAUGACAAGUACUAUGUUAGUGUGAUUAGCUCUAACCCGAGAAGCAUAAUAAUGACAUUCAGUUUAAAUGUUACAUCAAAGGUUUAUGAUUUAACAAAAGCUAGCAACAUGUGUUCAACACUAAAUGGAUCAUGCCGGCUCAAACUUCUGUUUCAUGACACUCAGUAUGUCAUAGUUUCAACACCUGACAAUGGUGACCUUGCUGGAUCAUACAUUGAGCUAUCCUUUGUUGCUCGUGUUAUUACUUACAUAGCAAUUUUAGGUUUUUUCAUCAUUAUCGUUUUCCUGGUGCUGAAAUUCCUUGGAGCAUGUGAUGCUGAGACAACAGUAGUUCAUACAUCAGUUAGGGAAAUACCCUGGAGGACUGAGACUGACCCUAUUUUGCCGGAGAAACCAGUUCAUCUGACUUAUGGAACGACGGCAGAGGAAGACAAUGAUGAUGCUGAAACAGGAUCCUCUAGUAGCUCUUCAGAGGAUUUAUAUGAUGCAAAAUUAUGUGUAAUAUGCUAUGACGAUCAACGUAACUGCUUCUUCGUUCCUUGUGGCCACUGUGCCACUUGCUAUGAUUGCGCUCAAAGGUACAAAUUGGAAAAAGUUCCUCUCUACAACAUAAUGAUUCGCUUAAAAUUUUCACGAACAAAAAUUUCGCAGGAUUAUGGAGGAGGAUAACAAGAUGUGUCCAAUAUGUCGAAGACUCGUUCACAAAGUAAGAAGAUUGUUUAGUCCCUAGGAGCAAAUGAAAUGGGAUUGUAAAUUCAUGUUUGCACUGUCACUCGGAGAGAGGUGGGGUCUUGCCCAUGGUAAAUGGAGUGCCGUUUUGGCUUUUUGUGAUUGCUCGGCCUUUAUGCAAAUAAUGCCUCUCAAAGUUUAUAUUUCUCAGUCAAGCAGCAUGGAGAAUAUAUUGGCUUUAGCAGUUUGUAUUUGUUUUGGUAGCCCGAGCCAGCUCCCUUCUCAUAUCUUUAUCACUUGAGAAGGGCAUAGUUGUGUAUUAGUUAAAUGAAUAUAAAGUGAUUGUGGUA